CACAUGCGAUCCCGACACCAACGUCAUCCCAUCAUUAUCCGCCUGCUGCACCUCACCUUUGUGCUUGACGUGCACAACUCGAUUGACAAGGCCAAGCUCCUGCUUCACUGCCGGAUCGUCGAGCACCGUCAUUGCCCUUCGCAAGCAAUUGACACGCUCGCUGCACAUCUCCCCAUCCACACAAUUCGGCAGGCGCUAGCCGAGGGGGUGGGCCGUAGAUGGAGGGAAAAAAAAGUAUACCGCGCUUCUCUCUCUGUCACUAUGCUUGCCGCCGAUUAUCGGCCCUGGUUCGCCGCCCAAUUUGAAUUGCUCCCAUCCGUACAUAUUUGAAUGCCUGCCGCCACCAAGCUUCCAAUCUUUCCAAGAUCACUUCCUGUUUUCCCUCCUCCCUCUCCCUGACUUCGCUUUGGAUAACGAUCCCUCUUCCUUUCUCUCUAAUAAACGAUCCGCUCCCCUUUGUGCCACACCGAUCCCGCAUAUCGAACCCAUCAUGCCGUCUGCUGUAAAACCCCCACGGACUCUGUAUGACAAGGUUUUCGAGGACCACAUUGUUGACGAGAAGGAGAAUGACGACACAAUCCUGCUGUACAUUGACAGACAUCUGGUCCACGAGGUGACUUCACCGCAAGCAUUCGAGGGCCUGCGGAAUGCUGGCCGCAAAGUUCGCAGACCCGACUGCACUCUAGCAACUGUCGACCACAACAUCCCCACCUCCUCACGCAAAACCCUUACUACCACCGACAAAUUCAUCGAAGAAGCCGAUUCACGGACGCAGUGCACCACCCUCGAGGACAAUGUAAAAGCAUUCGAUCUGACCUACUUUGGCCUCGACGAUAAACGCCAGGGCAUCGUGCACAUCAUCGGUCCAGAGCAGGGUUUCACUCUGCCAGGCACGACAGUAGUCUGUGGCGACAGCCACACAUCAACACAUGGCGCCUUCGGUGCUCUCGCAUUCGGCAUUGGUACGAGUGAGGUGGAGCACGUUCUAGCCACACAGACCAUCAUCACCCAACGGAGUAAAAACAUGAAGGUCCAAGUUGAUGGCGAGCUGGCGCCUGAUGUUAGCAGUAAAGACAUCAUUUUGCACGUGAUUGGAGUCAUCGGUACUGCUGGAGGUACUGGCAGCGUAAUUGAGUUCUGCGGUUCUGCCAUCCGCGGGUUGAGUAUGGAAGCUCGCAUGUCGAUAUGUAACAUGUCCAUCGAGGGUGGCGCUAGGGCUGGCAUGGUUGCCCCUGAUCAGAUCACUUUCGACUAUCUCAAGGGGAGACCCCUUGCUCCCAAGGUCGACAGCCCGGAGUGGAAGAAGGCUGUGAACUAUUGGUCGAGUUUGAAAUCCGACGAGGACGCUAAAUGGGAUCACGAAAUCUACAUCGACUCCAAGGACAUCGCUCCGACCGUAUCAUGGGGAACUUCGCCGCAGGAUGUGGUCCCUAUUACUGGCUCUGUCCCCAGCCCCGACGACUUCCAGGACGAGGUCAAGAAGGACGCCUGCAAACGUGCCCUCAAAUACAUGGGUCUCACUGCCGGUACUCCCAUGCAAGACAUCCCCGUCGACAAAGUCUUCAUCGGAUCCUGCACCAAUGCGCGUAUCGAAGAUCUCCGGGCUGCGGCUCGUGUUGUCAAAGGCAAAAAGGUUGCUUCUAACAUCAAGCGAGCCAUGAUUGUACCGGGAUCCGGUCUGGUCAAACAACGCGCCGAGAGCGAAGGACUGGACAAGAUCUUCUUGGAUGCUGGUUUCGAAUGGAGAGAAGCUGGAUGCUCAAUGUGCUUGGGCAUGAAUCCCGAUAUUCUUUCGCCGGGAGAGCGAUGUGCUUCGACUUCCAACCGCAACUUUGAAGGUCGUCAAGGUGCAGGUGGCCGAACUCAUCUCAUGUCACCCGUCAUGGCUGCCGCCGCCGCAAUCGUAGGAAACCUCGCCGAUGUACGAAAACUCGCCCCUCCUUCCAUGUCAUCAGGCAAAGGAUCCCCCAAGGUCGAGCUCGAUGCCCACAUGGAAGACGUUAGCAGCGACGAAGACCUCGACCGCAUCAUCGACGCGCCCGCCGACCAACCCUCCCAUGGUUCCUCCACCUCCACCAAAGGUGCCUCAGCUGGCAUGCCCAAAUUCGAGACACUCCGCGGAUACGCUGCACCCAUGGAUAUCGCUAACAUCGACACCGACGCCAUCAUCCCCAAGCAAUUUCUCAAAACCAUUAAACGCUCCGGACUCGGUUCAGCCCUCUUCCACGCCUGGCGCUACGAAGCUGGCAGCUCGGCCGAAAACAGCGAGUUUGUUCUCAACAAAGCUCCUUUCCGCGACUCCAAGAUUCUCGUCUGCACCGGUCCCAACUUUGGCUGCGGAUCAUCGCGUGAACACGCGCCUUGGGCUCUUCUCGACUUCGGCAUCAAGUGCAUUAUCGCGCCCUCAUUUGGUGACAUCUUCUUCAACAACACAUUCAAAAACGGCAUGCUGCCUAUCCGCAUUGACGAUUCCGCCGCCCUGUCCUCUAUCCACGCUGUCGCGGCAUCUGGCAAGGAAAUCGAAGUAGACUUGCCUAACCAAGUCAUCCGCGAUGCCGAUGGCAAAGAGCUCGCGAAAUUCGACGUCGAGCAGUUCAGGAAACACUGCCUGGUUAACGGCCUUGAUGACAUCGGCCUGACUAUGGCUAAUGUCGAGAAAAUCGAGAAGCACGAGCUAAAGCGCACGCGGGAUUGGCCAUGGCUUGAUGGCAGCGGGUUCCUUGCUCGUCACAGAAAAGGGCCCGUCAAGGUCGAGGCUGUUGCUGUGCCCAAGACAAAUCGUGGUGAGGAGGUCAAAGAACCGCUUGAGUGGUAG